AUGACUGCCAGUACAGGUAAGAGGUCAUCUCGCGCAUGCCUGCGAUGCCGUAAGCGCAAGACCAGAUGCGAUCUUGACAGCAUCGGAGAACCAAGCAAGCCGCCCUGUGCCUCUUGUCAUGAUACUAAGAGCCAAUGCAUUCUCAUCAAGUCCCGGCGAGGGGGUAAUUUUCGACAACAUCCAUCCAAGUCGAGCACUUUGCGACGCAAGAAAACUUCGCUGCCAACAAAUACCGGAGACUCAAAUGAACCUGAAGUAGAACCGACUGGUACCAUGUCUGAUGUGACUGAAUGUUGCUCAGAUGACGAAGGCAGCGUUGGUAGACAGAAUCCUCGAGACCUCCUAGCUAUGGAGCUCCGAAAUCCAUCCGAUGCGCUGCAGAUACUAGCUUUGUCUGGUCAGUGCCAGUCGGAAAAUCAGGCCCAAGCGCAGCCCACUAACAUAACAAAUUCCAAUGAACAACUGUACACUGAAGCGCAAAGCGCAACUGCGUCAUUAAUAAACGGGUCUGGUGGGUUACGAGGCCACCAGACGUGUCUAACAACUAUAUUCGAUGAUUACGAGUUGGUCAAGAGAGGUCUAUUGCGCCCGAGCCUGGUAUUUGAGCUACUACAUGAGUUAGCCACACUUCAUGAAUCCCCAUCUGUGUCUGCUGACAGAGAUCAGAUAUCUCUGCCAUUAUCAUCCAUACUGUCCAAUCGUCCCUUCCCAUUUGCUAGUCUCAUCAGACAUGAGCACCAUCCAAAGAUCAGAAUACUUUCUACUCACGGCUAUUCUCACCAUUGCGUCGAGAGACGACCCCCACCAUUCACUUACCCAUCGCUACUGCUGGGAUCACACUCAAUGCCUCCUGGUGGAUCAACUGUCCAGGGACUAUUGCUAUUAGCGGAGUGGCUUCCCCAUAUCCAAGUUCAUGAAACAUCAUCUAAAUCACCAAAGAAUUUAUUCAGCGAAGAUAGAACAGCUUGGUCGCUUGUUGGGCUCGCAGUGCGGCAGGGUUAUCUCCAGCGCCUCGACCAAGCCGCCUUUCGUAGUUUCAAUCACAGUGGGUCAAAGCAACGAACAGAGCAAGACAGAAUUGUCUGGGCAUAUAUUUUCAUUGCCGAUCGCCAGAUUUCAGUCCGACUUGGGCAGUCAUUCUGGUCCCGAGGCCCGUCUCUUGCCGCGAAAUUCACAGCCGACGAUUUCCCGAGUCUACAGCCGCGUCCGGAGAACGACAAUGAGGAUUACGCAUCUUGGUUGCAAGCCUCUAUGGAAUUGAUACAAAUCUUGCAUAAUGCUCAUGCAAUUCUUUACUCUUCCAAGGACCGAACAUUAGCAAUGGUUUACGAAGGUGAUUACGCGCGGUAUCUCGACGACUUUCGAACUUCUGCAACUACGUGGCGUUCGGCAUGGGGCAAUCUAGCUGUGUCCCCGAAGAUAAAGACCACCCUUCUUAUCAUGUACGAAUAUAUUUGCCUUUAUACGAAUGCCUUUUCCUUCCAGGCAGUCCUGACGAGGGCUUCCCGUCCACACCGAUCGUCGACCAAAGGACAGCAGAGCGAGCGCCCAUUUGCCGACAUAUUAUCCAAGGGCAUCAUGGCAUCCCCGGAUGGUCGGUACAUAUUUGAUGCUAUUAGUGCAGCGAUGAGUUUACUGAAGUUGAUGAACAAUCUCGACCCCCAGCAUGUUUUAUGCUACCUACCGUCUCGUUACUAUUUGUACGGAGUCUAUGCAGCAGUCCUGCUUCACAAAGCAGACCGAGCAGGGGCGCUCCAAUCUGAAGAGCAGCACAAAGAGGUUACUACCUCAGCCCGCAAAUUUGUAGCUGUUCUAGAUAAAGCAGCGUCAACUGAAUCCCACAUCUGCCACACCUACAGCCGGAUGCUAAAACAGCUUUGGGGCAGGCGGCAGAGAAAGAAAGAUAAACAUUCUCGCAGCCAAAGUAACACAGAAAUGAGCUUUGGUGACCAUGACAAUCUCUCAACACCCCCACAAUCGUUCUUACUGGCUCAAGAGCCCGAUAAUCAGACAUAUAUGGAUGGCGCCUUUGGCGACGCCGGCAGUCCACAACAGAUAAGCCCGCUACCAAUAGAAAAUAACUCGUCGAUGUUUCCUUCCAUUGAAGGAUACUUCCUCGGUUCAUUUAUGCCUGGGAUAGCUGACUUUAGCACUCCCAAUUUCGACGAAUACUUAGCCCAGGAAUACCCUUCUAUGAAUGGUGCAGGUGGUCUCCAAAGCUGGGAUUUAGUGGAUCCUAGUGUGGAUUCUCACAACCUUGAUUUGUAG